AGCCAGUCCCACCCGCUGACCCGAUUCAGACGACGGCAGGAACCAGAACCACCCGCUGACCCGAUUCAGACGACGGCAGGAACCAGAACCAGCCGCUGACCCGAUUCAGACGACGGCAGGAGCCAGAACCUGUUCAGAGACGGAGCGUUUGCCAGCAGGCAGUGUCUUCUGAUCUACGUCCUAGAAAUCCUUUCUCCUAAUCUGUAGGUCGUUUGAUACGAAGACGGAAAAACUUUAAAAACGCUCACUUCCUGUCGCCAACCUCCCCCCGCCAGCCGCUCUGCCGCCUGCAGAGAGACGGCGCCGUGCUGCAGCACGCGCUGCGAGGGAACCUGGAAACAUCCUGAUUUAACCUGGAAUUGUCCUGAUUUUUCCUGGAGGAGCCAUCAUCAGACAUGUCUCCUUUCCUGCGGAUCGGCUUCUCCAACUUUGAGAUGGAUCCCGGCUUGGCGUACUACGAAGAGGCGCUGAACCCGUACUGCGCCGUCUACAUGAAGGAGGCCGUGGACACAGAGAAGGGCCAGGUGUACAAGCAGAAGAAGCCCACCAUGUACCCGCCGUGGAGCUCCACGUUCGACGCCCACGUCCACCGCGGCCGCAUCAUGCACGUCAUGGUGAAGGACCGGACGGCCGAGCUGCGGUCCGAGGCCACCGUGGCGCUGGACUCUCUGGCCACGCGCUGCAAGAAGGAGAACGGCAAGCUGGAGAUCUGGCUGGAGAUGAAGCCGCAGGGCCGCCUGCUGAUGGAGGCCCGGUACUACCUGGAGAAGAGCGACGCUGCGGGUCAGGCCGGCGCCGACCCGGACUCGGAGCACGGCAGAGACGGCCUGUUCACCCUGCACCAGCGGCGCGGCGCCAUCAAGCAGGCCAAAGUUCACGUAGUGAAGUGUCACGAGUUCAGCGCCACCUUCUUCCCUCAGCCCACCUUCUGCUCCGUCUGCAAAGAGUUUGUCUGGGGUCUGAACAAGCAGGGCUACCAGUGCAGACAAUGCAACGCUGCCAUCCACAAGAAAUGUAUCGACAAGGUCAUCGCCAAAUGCACCGGGUCGGCGGUGAACAGCAAGGAGACUAUGAUCCAUAAGGAGCGCUUCAAGAUCGACAUGCCGCACCGCUUCAAGGUGUACAACUACAAGAGCCCCACCUUCUGCCAGCACUGCGGCACCCUGCUGUGGGGUCUGGCCAAGCAGGGGCUGAAAUGUGAGGAGUGCAGCAUGAAUGUUCACCAUAAAUGCCAGAAGAAGGUGGCGAACCUCUGCGGCGUCAACCAGAAGCUGAUGGCUGAAGCUCUGGCCGUCAUCGAGAGCCAGCAGCAGGCGAGGAGUACUAAAGACGGUGACGUCACGGGUCGAGAAGGUCCGGUGGGCGUGGGCCAGCCGGGUGUGAUGCGCGCGCCGUCCGGGUUGGUACCGGCUCUGCCCGUCACAUCGCCGCCUGCGAGCAAAGAUCCGACGGGCGUUUUGUGGGAGGGGCCGACCGAGGUGAGCAGGCCGGGCCCCGAGGCGGCCCCGGAGGAGCCGCUGUACGCCGUCCCAAAGAAGGACCAUCAGCAGAAGUUCACCAUCGACGACUUCGUCCUGCACAAGAUGCUGGGCAAAGGAAGCUUUGGGAAGGUGUUUCUGGCCGAGCUGAAGAGGAGCGGGAAGUUUUUCGCAGUGAAGGCUCUGAAGAAGGACGUGGUGCUGAUGGACGACGACGUGGAGUGUACGCUGGUGGAGAGGAGGGUUCUGUCUCUGGCCUGGGAGAACCCGUUCCUCACACACCUGUACUGCACCUUCCAGACCAAGGAGAACCUCUUCUUCGUGAUGGAGUAUCUGAACGGAGGAGAUCUCAUGUUCCACAUCCAGACCUGCCACAAGUUCGACCUGCACAGAGCCACGUUCUACGCAGCCGAGAUCGUCUGCGGCCUCCAGUUCCUGCACUCCAAGGGAAUCAUCUACAGAGACCUGAAGCUGGACAACGUCCUGCUGGACUCGGACGGACACAUCAAGAUCGCCGACUUCGGCAUGUGUAAGGAGAACAUGCAGGACGACCUACGGACCUCCACCUUCUGCGGGACGCCAGACUACAUCGCCCCAGAGAUCCUGCUGGGCCAGAGGUACAACAGCUCGGUGGACUGGUGGUCCUUCGGGGUUCUGCUCUACGAGAUGCUGAUCGGUCAGUCGCCGUUCCACGGCCGCGACGAGGAGGAGCUCUUCCAGUCCAUCCGGACCGACUCGCCCGUCUAUCCCAGCUGGCUCACCAAGACGGCCAGAGACAUUCUGGUCAAGCUGUUUGUCCGAGAGCCGGAGGAACGACUGGGAGUGAAGGGAAGCAUCCGGCAGCACGGCUUCUUCAGCAGCAUGGACUGGAGCGCCCUGGAGCAGCGACAGGUGGCGCCGCCCUUCAGGCCCACGCUGACGUCACCAAGCGACUGCAGCAACUUUGACAAAGAGUUCAUCAACGAGAAGCCGAAGCUGUCGUGUGCCGACCGGACGCUCAUCAACAGCGUGGACCAGACCAUGUUCAAGAACUUCUCCUUCGUCAACCCAGGGAUGGCCCGCAUCGCCGCCCGCUGACCCAAAACACCCAGGGAUGGCCCGCAUCGCCGCCCGCUGACCCAAAACACCCAGGGAUGGCCCGCAUCGCCACCGCUGAUCCAAAACACCCAGGGAUGGCCCGCAUCGCCGCCCGCUGACCCAAAACACCCAGGGAUGGCCCGCAUCGCCACCCGCUGACCCAAAACACCCAGGGAUGGCCCGCAUCGCCACCCGCUGACCCAAAACACCCAGGGAUGGCCCGCAUCGCCGCCCGCUGACCCAAAACACCACCACUGACUGAAACCGAGUCAAACUAAAUCGCCACCCUCUGUAUGCCAACGAAGGUGAACCGGUCAACCCCACUGGGACUGGACUGUGGAACCUGGCAGGUCUGGUUUGUUCUGAGGUUCCUGCUAACUGUGAUCCUCCUGAGACCCAGAUGCAUUUUCUCCUCAUUAAAACUGUUUAUGGACUUAUAAAUCUCAAUGCAUUUGUUUUCCAGACCGCCUCAGAAUGCUGAAGGCUUUAAUUACUCAUUUAUUUAUGGGUUUCAUGUUUUCCUCAGGGAGAGCGGUCUGUUCAUUUGAACUGAUGUUCCUCCAGCUGCACCACAUUCCUCUCUGAAUUCAGGUGUGUUGAAGCUAAAGUAGCAGGCCUGAUUCAGAACAGGAGUCGACAUCAAUGUUCCAGACAAUUUACAUGGAGACAAAUAUUUCUGAUUUAACACAAGACGUUCAAAAAGUGAGUAAAUUAGCGGGACUUGAAAAAUGUUUAAUCAAAUUACAGCACAGUCUGUAAUUAAUCACAUUUAAUUACACACAUAUCUACCAAAUCAGCAACAUUCUUAUUUCAAAAGCAAUUUCUGCUGCUGAUUUAUUAAUAAAUAGACAUACAGCCUCAAAAACAAAUAUAUUUUUUGUAAUCUCUUUAGGUUAUUAAACCAUCAGAUUGAAGCAAAGUGCUGUUCCAGCCAUUUGGCUUUCAACUGAUAUAUGGAAUUAAUUACAAAAAAAUAAUUCUGUAGAAACAAAGAAGCUGACGUUAUUAUCUGAACUGCUGCUACAUGUUUAGCAUUGAAAUGCUACUUUAGGCUAACUCCCUUUAGCACAAUUUGAACACAACAGUAAUCUCCAACGUCCCAUCAUGUUGGCUUGAAACUGAAAUUAACCGCCGAAGAGCCGAGAGAAGCGGCUUUGUCGUCCGUCGCUGUUAGCGGAUAUCGCUUGUGCGUCAGAUUUAUGGGCGUACCAGAAACGUGCUGUCGCCGGAUCCUUCGUAUGUUAAAAAAAUUAAAAGGCGGCUAAUAUAUUAAACACGUUAAAAUCCGUCAUUAAUUAUUGACAGUAACACGUUGAAGUCUGAUACUCAGAUGCUGCUAGCGGCCGCUACUAUAUUUCUAUCUUCUCAAUUAGCAUUAGCUAACUGAGUCACUCUGCAUUAGCAUUAGCUAACUGAGUCACUCUGCAUUAGCAUUAGCUAACUGAGUCACUCUGCAUUAGCAUUAGCUAACUGAGUCACUCUGCAUUAGCAACUCUCCUUCAGCUGGUUUACUGGACCUUAAGGAUCACAUUGAACCACAGUUACAGGAAAUAAAUACCUCUAAAAGUAAAAUAAGAGCCUGAAUAUGGUGCUGAUGCCUCAAUUUAAAAGUUUAUUCCUGUUUGUUUAUGUUCAUGAAAGCAUGUCAGUUUUCUCCGCUGGGUCUCAGGGGGAUUUCUGGUUCCUCAUAAUGUGUAAAUAAAACUUACAUGUGAUGAAUUUGGAUGUAAAUAAGUGAGCUGUACUGUAGUCAUGUGGAAUAUACAGAUCCUGUAUAUUAAUAUUAAUAAAGUAGGUUUGUUUUUAAA